AUGCCCGGUGGUUUUAGAAUGCUGCUUCAGCUCGUUUUGGUGACGAGGUUAGGCUGGACGGUGGCUGAUGUGAGGGCAGAUGACACCGUUUGCAGUUUACAGAAAUCCUCACCACUUCAAGCGAACUCCUUCAGCUCCUUGAACUUGGACGGAGCAACACUCCCGGAGCGUCCCGGAGCGUUUGGACCGUCUUCUUCAUUUGAUGGGUUCAUCCCAUCGGAUUUAUGGUCUACGCCGGGUCUGACGUUUCGCCAUUGUGCAGCCCCACGGCCUGCUAGCGCGCCUCACGGCCUCCUACAGCAAGAGCAAUACCCACGCCGAAGGCGUCCAGCGUGGACGGCUUUGUCCCCAAAGCCGAAGUGCGUGGGUCCUCAGGUUCCAAUUGGACGCUUCGUUCAAGGGAGCUACACAUUUACUUGCUGUGCUGCAGGUGAGCAAUGUGGUGGUUGCCGCUUGGAACAGGGUGGCUCUUGCAUGCAGUGUGCUGCAGGAUAUGUGAUGCAGACCAUACCUAUCCUGAAUACCUCGAAGUGUUUUGUUUGUGACGAUGUUCCGAACUGGCACGACAAGGAGGGUCGAAGCUGUGCAGACCUGGAAUCACUUGGCAUUUGUUCAGGCACCUGGCCCAAUAAGGAUCAGGAUGUGGCCUUUCAUGGCAUCAGGCCAAGUGAGGCAUGCUGCGCUUGUGGUGGAGGAAGCAUCUACCCAACGCCGGUGUACAUGCCUUUACAAUUCCAGUCCUUGUACGUUGGGCAAAACAUCAACCAGACACCACAGCCUGUCACCGCUGGAGUUCAACAAGUUGCUCCAGGAUGUGAAUUGGCAUCCUCUGGACUUGAGCUCUCCAAUGAUGGUCGUGUUUUGGGAGUGGUCACCCUCCAAAAUCAAUCAGUGAUCAAAUGUUCCACGGUAUCAGUACAAGAUCCUGUCCGGGGCCUCGUCAGCAACAUCGACUUUUCCUUGCCCGUUUCGGCCUUCUCCUAUGGAGACCAAAUUGUCCACUUCAAAUUUUGGGGCUUGGACGCAAGCCCCCCCCAACAGAUCAUAGCCCCCCACACCACGCUUCCGGCAGCCAUCUCGGGUGCUCGCCUUCACUGUGACCCGCACUGUCCCUGGCUCUCGGUGACGACGGCGGGUGUGCUCCACUGGAAUCCCUCGGUGCCCACCACCAGUGCCCAGCCGGUCCCUGCAGAGCUGAGCUCACAGGUGACCACUUUGUCGGGCAUGCCCUCUUGCAGCUGCCAAGUGCUGGCACUGUUCCAAGGGACCCCGAGCUCUUCCAGUCUUUUUCUUGCAGCGCAGUCCCGCCUCUGGAAGGGCGCUGUGUGGGAAUGGUCUUUCCUUCUGGCCCGCGUGGGUGCGGAGCUGGCACCCGUGAGGCUGUUGGAGGACCUCGGAUCUGGUUUCCGAUGGUACAACCGCUCGGGACAUGUGCUUGAAGUACAGGUGGCCGAAAACAUCGCCACUGGAGAGAAAAUGGUGCUGCCGCAAUCUGUCCCUCCGACGAUUCUGGAUGUGGACUGUGUGGAUGAUGCUGGAAACACCUUAACCUGGUCCCGCAUCAACGGCGACGUGAGGCGACAAAGCCAAGUGGCUUUCAAGCUCGAUCCGGCCACCGGCACGGUCUCGGGUACUCCUCUACUUGGCUUGUCUUCGACCCAGGGGAGAGCCGAAGUGAAUGUCACCUGCCAGGUGGCCUUGGGAGGCCCGCUCUACGACAUGGAACUGCCGGUGGCUGUCCUGCAGGUGCACAUCUUGGAUGAUGUGUGUUGGGUGCCCCGGAACAUUUCAGGCAGCUUCCGCUGGCAGAAAGUGACGGCUUCCGGGGAAGGUUUGUGCCUCCAGCAGUGUCGCCUUCGAGAAGAUUGCGCUGCAAUCAUUUUCUCUGCCGGCACCUGUGAGUUGAUGGUCAGUGAUGGCAACGAGAGCUUUGUACCAGAAGCAUUGGCGCUUGUGCGUUUGAACAAUUGUUCUGAGCAAGAUGCCAGCCUCAAUCUGACGGUCCCUGACGCACAGUAUCUUCAAGGGGAAUUUUCAGUGAUGAACGUCUACCAUGACACUGCUUCGUAUUCUCGUCCGGGAUCAAACCCCAAACGACAACUUCUCCUGAGCCGAACCGAGAACGUGCAGCAGAUUCCCACCUCUUGCGCAAAGUCAAGCUGGAUGCUUCUUCACAUCAAUUCCUCAGACUUCGAAGAUGCCCAGUCCAAGAACGCGCCGGAGUUUUUUGGAGAUCCCAUGGCUUGCAUUGACUCGGAUGUCGUGGGAAACACCUUCCAGCAGGGUCAAGUAGCCUUCGAUCUGCACUUGCUCCCCGCAGAGCUUCAGGCAAAGCCCACCAAGCUUCGAACAGCAGCGCUUCAACCUGCUACCUUAGCUUUGUCAGCGCCAUCCUGUCCAAAGCCCACACUUCCGAACCUAAUGCUUGGAAGCGUUCAGGACUCCUCCCUUUACUCUUUGCACCCCUGCGACUGCUUCGGCGCAGCUCAUGCGCAUGUCGCCCCCGUGGAUGCUGCUUCCAACGCCGCGGUGCCUCGCAAUGCGCAGGGCCACUUCAACAACGGCUCUGUCUCCGAUCGACGUUUAUUCUCGGGGCCCUACACCUGCGAGGAGACGGCCUCAGUGGGGCAGUUCCCGCACUUGGAUAUGGAGGCAUGUCAAAAGGCGUGUGCCUCGGAACCCAAAUGCCAGUUCUACUUGUUUGGAAAGACCUCGCAGACAUGCACGUUGUUCCAAAGCUGCAACUACAUACAAGAUGUUGGCUUGCAGGUUGUGAAUGAGCUGUAUGGCAUACCGCCUCCAAACGCGAAUUACUGCCGCAUAGCGAAUCCGCAGCAAUGCUGGCAAGAGAUCAGGCGCCGCAGCAUGCUGAGCUUUACUCCGUCGGACUUGCCAAUGUGCCUCUUCCAAGAGCAAGCUGAUGCCUGCGAUGCUCUUCAACUCCUUCUUGGAAAGCAGGAUGGUCCUUGCACGCGCUGCGAGUACAUCGAUGCAACCAGCCCGUUUGCAGCUACUGGCCUCCAGAAGACUCCACCCCCCGAGUCCUUCUCUUCAGCAUCUCAGAUCUCAGUUGCGUGCAAUGACACGUCUACAAUGUUUUCUAGGCUUCAAGCUGGUCUUCAGUGGGAAGGGCCACGGCAAAAUCCUGUGACCUUUACUUGUGUGAGUGGGGAGUGGGUUGGUGAACUUGGCAUUUGGCAAGACAUGUCCAACUUUACGUGCGAGCGCUGUUUGCAGGUCGGCAGUGGCACGCUGCAGCGCCUGUCCUUGGUCUCUAUGCCGGAGAUCUACUUCCUGGAGCAUCGGCAAGUACACUUGAACUACCCCUUCUCAAUCCAUGGCUGCUCCAGAGCUGGCUUCUUGACCGCUUCUCCGCUGCUGUCCACGGGGAUGGGCAUGUUCUUGGGCGUGGCGAAGGACCAAAGCCUCAAGCUGUUCUCGGCUGCAACAGGUGCAAGCUGGUGGAUCGAUGCUUAUUCAGACCAACUGCGGGUGAAAGAUGGAUCGCUGGAUCCGCGCAAGAACUGGUGCGUGUGCUAUGACAAGAUGCCACUCUACGCAUGUGCUUGCUCUUCGUCCCACAUGCUUCUCAUGCAGGGAGGGUUGCUUCAAGGUGGGCAACAAUGCGCCUCUGCAAAUGCCACAGGGGCACUGGACUUCACUGCUUGCCCCCAAAGUCAACUAAGAUCAAAUGUCGAGUUCCUGUGGCAUUUUGAGUCCGGAGAUUGUUUCUUCGGCUUCGAUCUGCAGAACACGGCCGAGAAGCUCUGGACGGCCACCAGCGAGGCGUCGGGAAUCUCUGGGCCGCCACUGCGCUUGGGGAACUUCGCCUUCAAGAGCAGCAGCAGUCAGCAAGGCCUUUUCCAGAUCUACCUGGAUUACCCUCCCUUCAACGCGCGUCUUUGCCUCCAUGCCGACCUCACCAAGAAGAAUGGUGGAGGCUACCCGAUGGUAAUCUCCUCAGACUGUGCGUCAGCUUUCAUGUGGAGAGGGGCUCAUCUUGCUUAUUUUCACCAGGGGGAUUUCACCACCACUUACUAUUUGGAGAUGAAUGUCGAUGCAUUGAUUGUCACUCGAACGACGAAUCCGGGUGCUCAGUUCAACUUCAAAAUCUCGAAGGGUGCGAUCUCCCCAAGCACGCAGCCCAAUAUGUGUCUCCAAGCACAGUGGAACGAUGUAGCUACCACUCACAAUGGUGCCCGAAGCCAGGUGGCUGGCAUCAACAUCCCUCCCUAUACGCCUUGCAGCAGUUAUGGCGAGUUCAGUGGCAUCAAUGAGGUGAAUGGAACCUACGAGCAGGUUUGUCGGGCAUCUCCCUUGUUGUUUUACCAGGACACCAAGCCAGCACAGUGUAUGACCCUUUCGGCGGCCAAUCAGCAGUUUCCGCACUUGAACCUCGCCGAGGGCCUCCCGGGCACUCCAAGUCCAGAUGCCCUAAUCGUUUUCUGUGCAGAUUUUGGCUAUGUACUUUCCAAUGUCACCUGGCCUGCCGAAAUUCCUCCUUACAACCACACCGGCAACGGUGUUCAGCAACAGUGUUCGGCUUUUUGCAGCUACAUCGGCUCCAAAUAUACCAGCGUCAGCCAGGCUCAUCACUUUCCCAACAAUGCAGAGCCAGCGACUCUGGACCCCACCACCCACUUGAUGAAUUUCAGCUGUCCUGAAACAAAGUUGCUCAGAGGCGUUGUAUAUAAUAUGUUCGCAGCAAUUUGCGAGGGGCCUUGGCUGACCGAGAUCAAAGAAGAUCCCAGCAGUGAAACUCCCGUAUUCUUCAACGACAGGGCCGUGCAAGCUGUUCCAAUUUGUGCGGCUGAGUUUAAGAGAAUGGUCAUCUGUAGAGAAGGAAGGCUUUCAAAAGGUCUUUGUUUCACCAAUGCCACUUCUUGA